GAUUUACACCUGAACUGGUAGGUGCGUUCCGGUGUGUCGGUUAGCUUGACGGUGUGUGCAGGAGGAGGAGGCUGCCGCUGGAUUCCGGGGAUUAAAACACAACAACAUGGACAGUCACGGGAGAAAAGUCGUGGUUUGUGACAACGGAACCGGGUUUGUAAAAUGUGGCUAUGCAGGCUCCAACUUCCCCGAGCACAUCUUCCCUGCGCUGGUCGGCCGGCCGAUCAUCCGCUCCACGGCUAAAGUUGGCAACAUUGAGAUCAAGGACCUGAUGGUGGGGGACGAGGCCAGCGAGCUGCGCUCCAUGCUGGAGGUGAACUACCCCAUGGAGAACGGCAUCGUCAGGAACUGGGACGACAUGAAGCACCUGUGGGACUACACCUUCGGCCCGGAGAAGCUCAACAUCGACUCCCGCAGCUGUAAGAUCCUGCUGACGGAGCCGCCCAUGAACCCCACCAAGAACAGAGAGAAGAUCAUCGAGGUGAUGUUUGAAACGUACCAGUUCACAGGAGUUUACAUUGCCAUCCAGGCCGUCCUCACCCUCUACGCUCAAGGACUUCUGACCGGUGUGGUGGUCGACUCCGGCGACGGUGUCACCCACAUCUGUCCGGUGUACGAGGGCUUCUCCCUCCCCCACCUGACCCGACGCCUCGACAUUGCGGGGAGGGACAUAACACGCUACCUCAUCAAGCUGCUGCUGCUGCGAGGCUACGCCUUCAACCACUCGGCCGACUUUGAGACGGUGAGGAUGAUGAAGGAGAAGCUGUGUUACGUGGGUUACAACAUCGAACAGGAGCAGAAGCUGGCGCUGGAGACGACGGUGCUGGUGGAGUCGUACACGCUACCGGAUGGCAGGGUGAUCAAGGUGGGAGGGGAGAGGUUCGAAGCCCCAGAGGCUCUGUUUCAGCCCCACCUCAUCAACGUGGAGGGGGUGGGCGUGGCCGAGCUGCUCUUCAACACCAUCCAGGCCGCGGAUAUCGACACCAGAGCUGAGUUCUAUAAGCACAUCGUCCUGUCCGGAGGCUCCACCAUGUACCCCGGCCUGCCGUCGCGCCUGGAGCGUGAGCUCAAACAGCUGUACCUGGAGCGAGUGCUGAAGGGAGACGUGGACAAGCUGUCGAAAUUCAAGAUCAGGAUAGAGGACCCCCCCCGGCGUAAACACAUGGUGUUCCUGGGCGGCGCCGUGCUCGCCGACAUCAUGAAGGACAAGGACAACUUCUGGAUGACCAGGGAGGAGUACCAGGAGAAAGGGACGAGAGUGCUGGAGAAGCUGGGAGUCACCGUCAGAUAAACCACCCCCACCCCACCCCACACUCAGCUGAUCCACACAUCACUCACCUGGGUGUUUCUGGACACAGUCUUUUAAAAACAAAGAGAGAAGGAGGGAUGAAGGAGGGGUAAGAAGUCUCAUGGAGGGUCAGAGGUCACCACCACACAAAAACAGUGUAUUCUUCAUUACCGUUCUCACAUGUCUGUUCAGUGCGAAGCUACAGCCAGCAGCCUGUUAGCUUAGCUUAGCAUUAAGACUGAAAACAUAGGGAAACAGCUAGCCUGGCCAGGCCCCUGUUUCCAGUCUCUAUGCUAAGCUAAGCUAACCAUCACCUGGUGGAGUGGAUUUUCAACCGUUCCUUUAAAUACUGUGACCUCAUGACCUGUGGUUCAAUGAUAAUUUCUCCUGGCUGUUUCCAAGGUGACGAUGAUCAUGAUGAUGAUGAUCAUGAUGAUGAUCCCUGAAGGUCCCCCCCCCCCCGUAUAAUGUUUGUAGAGUGACCUCUGCGCUGCAGGUGCAGGGGGCAGACAUGGUUCACUCUCUGGUUCUGGUUCUGAAGCAGGGAGCCUGGACCAACAGAUCAACCAGGUCUCUCUCUCAGACCUGAUCCAGGUCUCACUCCCAUCACUGUAUCCAGAUGCUGCAGUCACUGAGCAGCUCUUACAGUCUGUAGUCUGACCUGAGUGGAUGAAGUCAUGUGACCUGUCGGGUCAUGUGACAGUACGUCUGUCACGCUGCCUCCUGCUGUUUGAACAGAUUGUUUCCUAGCGCCACAUCGAUCGAUCAGCUGAUUCAGUUCAAUGUUAAGUUGUGACAGUAAACAGAAUCUGACGAGACGUUUGAUGAUGUCAUUUCCUGUCACUGUUUGGAUGUCUCUGCGGCAGCGAUAGUCAGAGUGGUCGUGAACCUGAUAUCUCAACACUUGGAGGGAACUUCUUUAAAUCUGUCAAACGUUCACUUGGACUUAAGGAUGAACUGGUUACAGUUUGGUGGUCAAAGGUCAAAGGUCAAGGUCACAGUGACCUCACAAAACAUGCCCCAUUCUUCUGAUUAUAGAUUGUAAAAGCCACUCUGUGGCGGUCCAGGACUACAGGACUGUGGCGUGUGCUGGUCCUGGGUCAGUGUCAGCCAUUCCUCUCCACGCACCACGCUCUCAGUUUCUGCUGAAGCUUCAUCUGUUUCUUUUUAUUUCUCUUUUUAACUUCAGUUUCUUUCCUUUUCUGGCGACCGGCUGUUUUCGUUUGUCUGUUACUUGUCUUGACUGAACAGCUGUUUCCGACCCGUGUUCACGGUGACGCUUUGUGCCCCGAACAGCUGAUCUGGGGUCAGGGUUCACAGUUUGAAAGCGUGGCUGAUCCUGGGUCAGGUGUAAUACUGAAACAUAUCUAAACAGGAAGUAAUGUCACAUGUUGGAGAAGGGAGGGAGUGGCUCGUCGUCAGCUGAUGAGUUUUAGGGAUGGUUUUCCUCCUCCUUCCUCCUCUUCGCUGACUGAGGAUGAAGAUGAGUUGUGUGAGUAAGUGAGAUGAUAUUUGUAAUAAGGUCCUGGUGUGUAAAAUGGAGACCAUGUAAAAGCUGGUAUUUGUGGUUUCUGUCCAGGUUCUCAUGUUGUAUAUUGGAGCCACAUAAAAAUAUAAAUGUCUGAUUUCCUCUCGACAACACGGUCGUCAAGUGCCAAGUGCAGCUCUUCUGCUUCUGUUUGUUUAUAGCAGAGCUGCUGAUUUCAAUAAAGCAAAGUGAUUUAUA